CUGAGUGAGGCCGCGGUGCUGUGUUGGGGAAAGAAAAAAAGAAGGAAAAGAAAAGGUGAGAGAUAAGAAAAUAAACGAGAGAGAGAGAAAGAGGAACACAAACAAACAAACAAGUAAACAAGAUAGUGAUGAAAAUAAUGAUAAACAACAACAACAACAACAACAAUAACAAAAAAAACGAAACAAAACUUGAAUGAAAAAAUCAAAAACAAAAAAUUAGUAAGAUGUAAAAACAAGACUCAUUAAAAGAACAACAAUAACAACAACAACAACAAUGAUAGUGAGAGUGAAAGUGAAGAAAAUGACAGUGUAAAAAAAAAUGACAACAACAACAACAAAACAGUGACAUACAAAUAGUAAACAAUAACAAUGAUGAUGAUGAUGAUGAUGAUAGUGAAAGAACAACAACAAGAAGAAGAGGUAGAGGAAGAUGAGGGAGGGGAAGAAGAAGAAGAGGAAGAAGAGGAGGAGGAGGAGGAGGAAGUCGAGGGAAAGGAGGAGGAGGAGGAGGAAGGGUGACUGUGGAGGAGGAGGAAGACAGGAGGAAGAAGAGGAGGAGGAAGACUGAUGGUGAGACUGAUAGUGACCGUUAUGGCGUCAUGAUGGUGAGAUGUGGAGGCUUUUGUUGUUGUUAUUGUUGUUCCUGUAGGCGGUGGAGGGGGGGGUACUGCUUUGGCUCCCCGCCCCCCCCACCUCCGCCCCCCUCCUCCGCCCCCCUCCACCACCAUCGCCACCCCACUAGGACCCAUCUUAGUUCAGGUGGUCGGUGGAGCAGCCGCCUGUCCGGCCUUCUGCACGCCCUCCACGCCCCCACACACGCCCAUGCCCACGCCCCCGCCACGCCUCCCGUCACCUACUGUGCCGCCGCCAGCCAGGAGGCACCGCGCUCCCCCGUCACCAGCAGCCCCCCGCCCCGUGCCCGCGCCCCCGCUAGCCAUGAGCCUCCCCUGCCCCCCGCCGCCCCUUGCCCCGGUGAGCGUGUGACCCAUCCCCAGGCACCGGAGGAGGUUGGCGGGGCGGCGGCCCAGCAACAGCAGCAGGUCGCGGGGCGGGCCUACCAGGGGCUGGGGCGGCGGCUGAGGCGGGCGUUGCUACGCUGGGGCGAGGACCACCAGCAGGAGCAGCAGCAGCAACAGGCUGAGGACCGGCACCAGCAGCAGCAGCCGGAGGGCGCUGAGGCGUCACCCUACCCGUCAGGCGUGGCCGUGGUGCAGGCGGCGGGGCAGCAGGCGGCGGCCAGCUUUGGCCAGCGCGGCGGGGCGGGCGGCGGCGCGGCGCAGGUCGCUGCGGCGCGGCGGGGCAGCGCAGGCAGUGUGCUGAGUGAGGGCGGGGCGGGGCGGGGCGUGGUGGCCUCCACCCUCACCCGCUGGCGGCGCCUGCAGGGCAGCGUGGGCUCCCUCACCGCCACCUUCAGGCAGCGAGCCUCGCAGCGCCUCGUGUCCACCCCGUCCCCCCAGCCCGCGGCCCCCGUCACCCCGGCAACCCCCGCCCCGCUUGACCGCGAGUCGCCGCCGCCCCCCGUCCCCGCUGACGCCCCAGAGGACGCGGCGGCCCCCAGCGGCGGGGCGUCCCCGGUAUGCACGUCGCCUAGCACCUCGUCGGGCACCACGUCCUCGGACGAGGCGGGGGACUCCAGCACCGGCACCGUCAUCUUCAGGCCCCCCGCGGGGCACGGCGCGGCUCGGGGCGCCUCGCCCACCCUCGCCUCCUCCCCCACGCCCCCGGCCUCCCCCGAAGGGCCCCACCAGAUCCCCCAGGCGGAGGAGCCGGACAUGGCGGCCGUGGCGGGGCGCGAGGGGCCGCGGCGGCGGGCCAGCGACGCCCUGCUGGCCCUGGACGGUGAGCCGCAGCCCAAACGGCCCACCCUGGCGGCGGGGGAGGCGGGACCCUCGCCGCCCCUGCCGGCCUGUCCCCCGCCCUCCCGCACCACCCCGUCCCCCCACACCUCGCCCCUACAGUCGCCGGUGCCGCUAUCCCGCCGGCGCUUCUACGAGUCCAUGAUGGGGGGCGACGAGCCCCCUGUGCCUGCCGAGGCCCCGGCGGACAGCGUAAGUCUGUCCAGCGACGGCGACAGCGGCAUUGUGCACGAGGAGGCGGCGCGGCACGGCGGCGACGGCGACGCGGCGGCGGGGAGCGGCGACCCCCGCCACACGGACCACAGCGAGAGUGAGAGUGACGGAGGGGGGGGAGGGACCAGCGAGAGUGACGGAGGAGAGGGAGGAACCAGCGAGAGUGAGAGGGGCGGUGAGAGCAGGGCGGACCCCUGUGGGAGUGAGGUCGCAAUGAGAGGAACCAGUGAGAGUGAGAGUGGGGGGCGAGGGGUCAGCGAGAGUGAGAGUGAGAGGAGCGCCAGUGGAGGGGAGAGGGACAGGCGUGAAGGGGACAGCAGUGACGGGGACGUGAGUGCGGGCAGGAGGGAAGUGGACGACGCCCUUGUGAGGACAUCUGCAGGGAGGGGGGACGGGGAGGCAGCCACCGCGGCGCCCCCACCCACGGGAGAGGAAGAGGAAGACCCGGGAGGAGGAAGAAGGGAGGAGGAGGAGGAGAAGGAGGGGUCAGAGGAGGAGUGGGGGGAGAGGCAGAUCAUCCCAGAGAGAGUCAGCCAAGGUCAGGCAGCAGGAAAUGAAGUCAGUGCGGGAGAUAAUCUGAGAGGUGACACUACCACCACCACCACCGCCACCACCUAUAGCAGUGUAGCGGCGGACACAAGGCCAGCAGAGGACACAGCAGGCAUAGUAAGCGUGGCAAGCAUAGCAGGCAGAGUAGGCAUGGCUCCAGGGAUGCCCCACACACUACCACCACAAGCCCAGCUGCAGGAACCCCCACUACAAGAACCCUUACAUCCUCCAACCAGUGACUUCCUACACCCUUCCAUUACUAGUGAACAGGAGGAAGAGGAUGCAGAGGGGGAGGAGGAGGAGGUAUUUCACGAGGAGAGAGUGAUGUAUAAUGGUAUAGAGCAAUAUGAGGAAGACGUUAGCUCAACCGCACACACCAUGGAAAGCUCGGAAAGGGACGUUACGAGUGAGGACCGAGAGGACACAAGUGCGACCUCGGAAAGCAGUGAACGUAGUGAACCUGAACCUAGGCGGCCGGCGAGCCCCCCCACCCCUGCGGAACACCCCCUCGUAACAGGUGCUGAAGGGGCGACGACGGAACCAUGUGAUAGUGACGAUAUUGAUAGUGAGCAUGACAGCCUGAGAGCGAGUGGUAAUGAUAGUGACCGGGACAUUGACGCUGAGGAGGAGGAGGACGAGGACGAGGAGGAGAGGUUACCUGUUGAGAAUGACCUUGAAAGUACCCGAAUAUUAAGUGACGAUGAAAGUAGUGACAUGGGCAUACCCGUUCAACCCUUUCAAGCAACCAAGGAGGAGGAGGAGGAGGAGGACAGAGAGGUGGAAGAAAGGGACAUCGCACAAACAGACAGGGCGACCGAACGUAACGCCAGAGGUAGUUUCGACCGUCGAGUUUGCAGCGACACACAAGAGGAGGAGGAAAGCGUUGAGGUGACCUUAUCAAGUGCUGGGCCCCGUAUCCUGAUCACAGUGGCCAGAGGGGACAGCGAGGGCGAGGGUGCGACGGGGACCCCAAACCACCUUCAGGAGAGCGGGAGUGCGACGUCAGGCUGGGGUGGAUGUUCCCUGGAGGGCGUUGGAUUUUCGUCGACGCAUCUGGACUCCUCGCACUCUGGUGGACCGCAUCUCACCCACCCCAGAGCCCCCACACCCAAGUCCCCCAUUACGGUGGAUGAGUGGGUGGCCGCCCUUCCCCCGCACCCAAGCAGUGUGGAGGAGGAGGGGGACGCAUGGGGAGCUGCGGAAGGAGAGGACCCGGGGGAGGACAGCCUCAACUUGGGGGCCGAGGCUGGUCUCAUGUGCGGCUCCGUGGGUGUAAGCUCAACUGCCUCGGCCCCCGCCUCCACCACGCACACCCUCAAGACGACAUCCGCCACCGCCUCCCACCCAGAGGUCCGCCGCAGCAGCCAUCCAGAGAAUAUGUUAUUAGCCGCCGCUGCCGUCAGACCCAUCCCAGGCCGCCAGCGUAGCCACAGCCUCCUCAGCACCAGGACGGAUGCCUCAGGAGCUGUGUCAACGCGGCCCCUGACGCUGAGUGACGUAGCCAACAUCCAGCAACAGCAGCAGCGCAUGGGGGUGGAGGGUCGACGUUCGCAAUUCGCCGCGCUCCGAGACAAACAAUCAUCCUUCCAGAGCGAACUGUCCGGCCUCUCCCUCCACAGCAGAUUAUGGAGGAAGGCCAAGAGGAAAAUAAGUGAAGUGGAAGGAAGAAGAUGGUCGAGCAUUGAUUCCCUAUUGGACUCGCGACAAGCGGACCCGGUGGAAGUCCUGCUCAACCUGGGAUUCGGAGGGCAGCCGCAGGAUAGCCUAGCGCGCAUCCCCGAGAGGUUCCUAAAGCCCUCUGAGGUCAGGGGUAACAGCAUCGAGGACUUCCUGAAAUCGGAGGAGGAGAUGUCGGAGAUGAUGGAGACGGCCGAGAUGAUGCCCGGACUGGACCCCCAAGCCCUCCGUCGCUCCUCCACCGCCACCGUGUCGCCGCUCAUGACGCAGCUGAUCGAGAAUAUCCGAGAGAAGCAGCGCGCGGCGAGACAUGUACAGCGGAUGAACAGCCAGGAGUCGAUUCCACAGCCCCAGGGGAAGCUGACGGGGCAGAAGAGGUUCGCGCAGGUGGCCAAGAAGAUGGGGAUGCAGAGUGUCGUCGCGAAUACGUUGAUCGCCGGGGCCAUGCGUCCAAACCGUCACUCCUCGGUGCUGAAUCCGGAGAACCGUCGCCUCUUGGAUCUCCAGGGACAGCGAUCUCCGGAGGUGCCGCGGAAACGCCUCAUCAUCGGGCAGGACUCAUUCGACCUCGACCGCGAUGGGCAACUCAUGAACGAGGACGAGGAGUGGGAGGCGACGCAGCACGGCACCUCGCCCAACCCCUCGAUGGACGACUCAGCAGGGGAGGAGAAGGACGUGGAGGAGGAUAUAUCGGAGGAUGCGUCGGAGGGCGGGGAGGGUGCGUCUGACCCCGGGGGAUGGCGGCACGGGCCUCUGACACACAAGGACUCGGUGUGGUCGAUGGCGAGUUCAGCGACGAGUGUGGACAGCAACGAGGAGGAACUGAGGGACCAGCGACGACGGCUACAGCUCAGCCUGACCCGCCGCGUCUCCUCGGACUCGCAGGAGGCACCCAGCACACCGGCCGAGUCCCUGGAUUCAUCACUCAUGACCGGGAGCAGCGCAGACUCAGCAGAGCGUCGGCGCGGCCUGCUGAAGCGUCUGGGGAGCAGCAGCAAACGCAUCAGUACAAGCAGCAGCCGGGAGGUGGACGAGCUCAUCCCAGAGGAGGGGGAGGAGGGGGGCAUGGAGGGGGCGCUGCAGGAGGUAAUUCGUAUGAGCGCUUCCCCAUCCUCGUCUUUCUCCUCCCCGGCUGUGCUUUCUGCUCCCCCUGCUUCCACAUUGCCUGCUGGGGGUGACGCUGGUGAUGGGGGGGUGUCCGUACCAUCACACCCUCCACUACUCCGCCCUCACCCUCACCACCACUACCACCUGCACCACCACCACCAUCACCACCACCCACAACAUGCGCUGCUCGAGACAUCCCCUCGGCUCCCACAUCUCCAGUCCGCCAUGGUACGAACGCUGGAAAGUCUCGGUCACCCCACGGCCCCUCACCCUCACACACACCCCACUACCCUACCCCACACCCCGCAGUACCCGUCACCCCUUCUAAAUAGCGUAAGGGGGCAUUUAGACGGAUUCCAGCUCUCCCUUUUCUCCCCUACGUCAUCUACCCCCCCGUCCAACACCCCAGUGCAAAGAGUUGGUAUGGGGUUGAGGAGGCAGCAGAGGGUUGAGGAAGGGGGGUUGGGGGUGGGGUCCUCUGCGGCGCCCUCCCAUCCCCCUCACCACCACCCCGCCACGACCCUAGGAGAGCAGGAGGACCACCACAGAGAAGGAGGCAUAGGAGGAGGAGGAGGAGGAGGAGGAGGUAGGCCGAGCGGAGGCGGGGGCAGCGACAGAGGAGGUGGGGGUCUAUGUCGCUCGAGCAGUGCCCAAUCCGACUCUUCCGGCUUCAUGGAGGGGGACGCAGGGGAGGCGGAUGGACGUACGGGGCCCUCGACUCACCCGCCAUCCACCACCACCACAGCCAUAACCACCACCAGUACCUCCACCAGCCACGCCAACUCUCAACGGCAGAGCCUCCUAAACACUCUUCAGCGCUACCAACACCAGCUGGCGGAGCAGGAGCGUCUGUCCAACCACCUGCACCGCCUGGCCCUGGACACUGCGCUGCACCCGGCGAACCACCACCACCUCGUCCUCCACCAGCUGAGGAGUGUGAGGGCCAUCCGCACGGCCAUCCGAGCAGAAGUCAUCCACAUGGAGAACCUCUUGGCCCAGGGGCGUCCAGACUCCUUCGGCCACGCUUGUCUCUCUAACGUCGUGGCCCAGAUGAUGGUGCUUCUCCAACAACAGUCAGAAUUGUGCCAGGACCUCGAGAUGCUCACCCUAGUCACCCCAGAGUCCCCUGAGACCCCCAGCACACCCCAGGAUGGCCACGCACCCCCAUGGCUAUCCCCCAGCCACCCGAGCACCCCUACACACACCCACAGCGACACGACAUUGAAUUUCACCCGUCCCUCCUCUGUUACGUCCCACCCUGCACCCCUGACACCCUUUACGCAUCACCCCACGCCCCCUGACAGUCUUAUCCACCCCACACCCCUUACACCCCUCUCACAGCCUAUUGAAGGGGAGAAUAUGACGUCCACCCCUUCCACCUUCCACCCCACAUCCCGCACGGCGCACUCCGCCUCCCCCAUCACCCCCUUGGCACCGCGUAUCCUCCCCAAUGCCUCCCACACACCCCCAUGCACACCUUCCUCCCCGCCCCCUUCGAGCUAUUCCUCCUUGGAUGUUAACUGGAGUCUGAGGCGUUCCCCGAUGAGCUUAAGGGAUGAGAGGCGGGGAGUUGGGGAGGAGAAGGGUGGGGAGAGGAGGAGCCAGUCUGUGCCGCUCUCCUCAUCGACUGUUUUUAAUCACCCCGAGGUGGCUCUGUUGGUGCAGAACGAGGUGCAGAACAGGACAUCAGGACUCCACCAGCAGCUCCUUCAGCAGACCCAGGACGUGGCGGACAUCAAGGGGAUGCUGCAAGCCCUUCUGUCCCGGCUAAAGUAACCUAGACACACCAGGGGCAAGGGAAGGGGUAAACUGUCCUAUACGAGGCAGGGGAGGAAGGGCAGGGUCUGUCUUCUGUUCCUGUAUCUGCCAGCAAGGAGUUGUGUGUCCCCUUAAGUGUCUCCUCUCCCUGGUCCCUGUCCUAUACGAGGCAGGGGAGGAAUGGCAGGGUCUGUCUUCUGUUCCUGUAUCUGCCAGCAAGGAGUUGUGUGUCCCCUUAAAUGUCUCCUCUCCCUGGUCCCUGUCCUAUACGAGGCAGGGGAGGAAGGGCAGGGUCUGUCUUCUGUUCCUGUAUCUGCCAGCAAGGAGUUGUGUGUCCCCUUAAGUGUCUCCUCUCCCUGGUUCUGUCUAAGGGUCAAUUCUGCUUGGCUUGCGUUGUUUACAUUUACUCAGUUUAGUCAUAAGAGUGAGGGUUGAAAGGGGCUAAGGCUUGGGUCCGUUCUUAGACGUCUCUGGCUCCUAUUACGGCUGUUUCGCAAGGCCACAGAGAAGGUUAUCCGGGUUUUCAUCUGCGAUUUUCCCAUUCAAGAUGUAGAGGUCAUGUAAAACUAUCACCAGCACCGCAAAACAGACCAUGAAAACCCCCCAGGAACUUCUACUAUGGGAGGCUUUUCAGACUAUCACCAGCAUCACUAAACAGUCCAUGAAAACCCCCCAGGAACUUCUACUAUGGGAGGCUUUUCAGACUAUCACCAGCAUCACUAAACAGUCCAUGAAAACCCCCCAGGAACUUCUACUAUGGGAGGCUUUUCAGACUAUCACCAGCAUCACUAAACAGUCCAUGAAAAGCCCCAAGGAACAUACUACGAGAGGCUCUUUGAAUAGGCGAACACUGAGGGUCCGAGAUGUGUGGGAAUACGGACUUCGGUUGACUUACUCUUUCCGAAGGUGUUUGGGUUACGUUUCGGUGGCUUUAGCUGGGUUACGGAAGGUCUCGUUUUCACUGUGUGUGUGUGCGUGCGUGUGUGUGUGUGUUAGUCAUAUCAGGCAUGCGAGGUGACGGGUGAACUAUUUAAAAAGAGGCAAUACUUGUGAUAGAGUUAUGAGUUAUUAAGCGCCAGUUGGAAAAAAGUACAGAAUAUGACCGACGACUUUAUUUAUUUUUGGGGGAGUGGAUAUCACGUCCUUGCAUCUCUUCAUUCGUUAGCUGAUUGAUAGAAAACAGGAAGGGGAAACUAUUUAAAACUUGAAGCAAUAAUGAUGCGAUAGAGCGAACGAACUCACUGUGCCUGCCAGUCCGAUGUGUUUUGGGCUGACGAUUCUUUGCGUAUUUCCUCUGUUCGUAUUUUUUUCUUUUUUUUUCCUCUUUGUUUUGCUUCCUUAUUUAUCUCCCUUAUGUGUUCAUCCUUGUCGUUUAUUCCUACGUAUCUUGGCGGGUGAUUUUUUUAUGUUUUAAUUCCGUGUCUGUUUUUUGGUUUUAUUUCUUUUGUUUUUAUUUUUAUUGCUGGUUAUGUUUCUUCGUUUAUCUUUCUUCUAUGUUAUUCUUUUGUAUUUUCUUUGUUUGUGUCCUUAUUCUUGUCAUUCAUCGAUUAUUUUCUGUUUAUUUCCCUCCUAUGUAUCUUUUUUUCUUUUCGUAUUUCUCCUUCUUUGCGUUCAUUCAUUUUUGUCGCUUUUCUUCAUCUCUUUCGUCUUUGUAUUUCUUUAUUCUUUCUUGUAAUUCUUUGUGUGUCUUUAUUUCCUGUUGCGAUUCUCUCUUUUAUUUCCUUCCUCUAUAUCUCUCCUUCAUUAUUGCUCUUCCUUCAUCUCCUUCGUCUUUGUAUUUCUUUAUUCUUUCCUAUAAUUCUUUGUGUAUCUUUAUUUCUUGUUGCAGCUCUCUCCUUUAUCUCCUUCCAGUCUAUAUCUCUCUUCCUCAUUAUUGCUCUUUCUUAACUUCCUUCAUUUUCACCAUUAUUAUUCAUUACAAUUAUUUCUGUAUCUCCUCUGCUUAUAUUUUAUCUUUCAUAUACUUUCUACGACAACGCUGAGGAGGGAGAGACGGCAAGGCUCACUCACCAACACACUAACUCAGCAUCUCACGUUUACUCACUCAAGAUAACGUAUUUAUUUGAUCAGUUUGUUAGAUGCUGUUACGGGGACGUCCAGUGUGAUGGGAGAGCUUGUCUGGGUGCUUCUGUGGUCUGUAUACUCACGAUCAUUGGUAUAACUUGUCUAUAAUCUACCCUUAUAUGCAUCUCCCCAGUCCAGUGUCAUAAAGGAUCAUUUUAUCAUUUUUUGUCCAGUUUUGUGUUUUAGAAUUUGUUUUACUAUUUCAUUCUUCAAUCAUUAUUUUAUUAGGUAUAGAUUUUAAUUUCACUUUUUUUCUAUUCUUAUGGUGUCCAGUAUAGCGUCUUAUAGGAUUCGUUUUCUUUUUUUUGUUGUUGUUUUUAGUGUUUUAGAAGAAUUUAUUUUACUAUUUCAUUCUUCAAUCAUUAUUUUAUUAGGUAUAGAUUUUAAUUUCACUUUUUUUUUGCUCUUAUGGUGUCCAGUAAAGCAUCUUAUAGGAUUCAUUUUAUCAUUUUUUAUGCAGUUUAGUGUUUUAGAAGAAUUUGUUUUAGUAUUUCACUCUUCAAUCAUUAUUUUAUUAGGUAUAGAUUUUAAUUUCAUUUUUUUUAUUAUGAGGUCCAGUAUAGCAUCUUAAAGGAUUUUUUUUUUUUUUUUUUUUUUU